AUGCCUUUGGUGAUCUUUGUAUGUAAUUUAAAAUAUAUUAUAAUGGUAGCCAUUUAUACAGCUAGUAUAUUUACUGCAUCUAUCCUCGUUGCUUUUUCAUCCUAUGUAAAUGCAUAUGGACAAAUUGCACAAGUUGUUGAUGCUGAAAACUUUUGUGUCUUUUUACCUCCGAACGAUUCAGUCAACAGGAAUAUUGCCGAUACUGAAUGGAAUGCACAAUCUUUCUGUAUUGGAGAUGCACCGUUAGCAAAGAAUGCGGGGUCAUUAAAAUCAGGAUUCAUUCAGUCAGCACAUUAUCUUGCUACAGAUCAAUAUGUACAAGUUACAGGUCAGAUCGAUCCUUCAAAGGCGAGAUUAAAUAUGACAGAUGAAGGAGGACAGAUGGAUAUUAAAGCACCUAAAGGUUCAUCUUGUGCUGGUUGGAAAUAUUACGUUAAUUUGAUUGAACCUUCUGGAAGAACAUAUUGUAUGCGUUGUUGUAAUGAUGAUAGAACUUGUAAUCGUGGUAUAUCUGAGAAAGGAUGCGCUCAUAUUAUUCCAGGUGAUUAUAGUGGUCCUUAUGGAAAUAAUAAAUCUACUACUCCUAAUAAACCUGUAACAUCUGAUUCAUCAUCAAGAUUGACUACUACUACUACUACUACUACUACUGCCAAGAGCACUAAUACUCCUAGUACUACAGAAUUAAAGGCUGCUACUACUCCCUUUAAUCAUGCUGUAGCAAGUACCCCUCUUACUACUAUUAAUAUCGAAAAUAAUGAACAAACCCAUUCUACCACUACCUCCAAUAAUAAUAAUCAUAUUGAGAUGCUGGGUCAGAAUGACCAAGUUACUGAGCAAUCUUUUAGUGGGGCAAGUCAUAUCAAGCCAUUCAUGAUGACUUUUGCAAGUGUUCUUAUUGUUGGAAUAGCUAUAAUGACUAAAUAA